AUGAAGCAGGUGGAUAUUAGAAAUAAGGCCGAAUUAGAUAAGAAAGGAUACCAAGUGCACUGCAGAGUACACAGUCCAGGCAAGGAAAAGAGGUCCUCUCUUUGCAAGAGGAAGUCUUCUCUAUCCCAGGAGGUGGCCUUGAAGCUGCAGUGUAGAGCAUCCAAUGUUGAUCAAACACGUAAACCUGGCAUGGCCAAUAAAGAAAACGAGGUGACAUGCUCGGAUGUGAGGGGCAAUCACUACAAGCAUAAGAGCAGGCCGUCUGUGAACGUCACAGAGGCCUCUAAGAUGGAAGGUCCCAGCUCUAAGUACAGCGAUUUUACUGAGUUAUCAAAGGACCAUGAAGCAGUGACUCACAUUCUCUUUGGAAGGAACCUUCGACUUAAAGUGGCCCUCACACUUUGGCGAAGAAACCCCGUUGAAUUAGUGGCUUAUCUGAUUGUAAUUCAAGACACAGGAGUGCUGCUUGACCUAUUACCUGUCAUAACAAACAACCUUCUAACUGAAACAUCAUAUUUUUCACUUGGAUGCUGUGUUGACCUCAUACCCCAAGUAAAAGUGAUCCUAUCCAGUAAAUAUGAAGAACAGAUAAUUGUGGGUUUACACUGGGUUCAGGCUGUCAUCAGGAAGUGGUGGCCAGACCUUUCAAAAACAGAGAAACAACUGCGGGACAGUUUGGACAACAGGAACAUUAUAGCUUUGAAGCAACGUCUAAGGGACUUGUGGAAGGACGGAUCUAGGUUAUGUCUGCUUUCAGGUUCUACUGGAGAUCUGGCAAAGGAAAUUGAAGCCUAUGUUCUUCAGCUGCCCUGA